CGUUACAGGGCCUUUGAAGCAAGUAGCUGAUGUACUGGGCCCGCGGAACAAGAUAUGCCCAUCCCAGGCGCCGACUUGGACAUGGAAGUUCGUCGCAAGUGGACAUGCAGCGAGCCGUGGCCUGCAAGGAGAAGGCCAGGGCACGCACAGAGUGACAGAGAACACAUCAGCAGCGGCGGGCGCCACCACGCGAAGCCCCUCCCCUGCGCGCCACCGCUGUCCGCCAUGCGUGGUGGGCUGUCAGUAGAUCCCCAGCCCAAGGCACUGGGCUGCCUCAUCCUGCGUCAACGACGCGGCCUGCGCCUCAUCCCACUGAUCUCGCAUCCAUCUGAUCUCACACCCAUUCCCGCGCCAAAGGUGCUCCUGCCAUUCCUGCUUCUGUUUGCCAUCAACUUCACUCCGGAUCUGGCCAGCAUUGCGCAGGAGGUGUGCUAGUGUGAUCUUCAUCUUCUCCACAAGCUGGGCCUGGCAACGCGCCGACGCCAGCUCUGACGGCUGCACUAGUAACCAGCAGCGGACCAGCACGGGCGCGCCCCCAAUCACUUGUGA